AUGUUGAAACUGUAUUUACUGGUGGCACUUUUUGCUAGCAUUUGUCUAGCUAACCCUUUUCGUGACCGAUCACGGGAGUUCGACACAUACAGAUUACCUAAUACAACAGUUCCAACGCACUAUAGCUUGUACCUGGACACCAAUGUCCAUAUUGGAGAGUUAGAAUACAAGGGCAAUGUUCAAAUCAGUAUAACGGCUCUCGAACAAACCCGACAGGUAGUGCUUCACAGUGUUCGAAGUGUGAUCAACCGUCUGGAACUUCUUAACAGCCAACAACUGGCUGUUCCAAUUCAUGGUUACGAGUUCGAUGAGGAUAAACAAUUUUUGAUCGUGAAUACUAAGGAUACUUUAGCCGUUGGAACGAACUACGUUCUGGAUAUCGAUUUCACUAAUUCGUUGGAUCGUACCGACAAAGCUGGAUUUUACCAUUCAUACUACCAGGCAGCCGAUGGAGAGACAAGACAUCUAGGAGUGACACAGUUUGAACCGUGUGACGCGAGAUCAUCUUUUCCGUGCUAUGAUGAACCCGGCAUAAAGACCACGUACGAUGUCAAAAUUGCGUGCGGAGUCGAAUACAACGCUAAAGCCAAUGCACCAGCGCUAGGAAUAACCCUUUUGCCAGAAGGAAAAAAACUCACCACCUUCCAAAGAACCCCACGAAUGCAAACCUACCUAGUGGCGUUCCUAGUUUCGGACUUCGUUUCCGAACGGCAAAUUUCAAGUGAGCCUAAACAACUGGCCGUUUCAACCCUUGCUCGGCCAACGGCACGGGAUCAGCUCACCUAUUCGGUUGAUGCAUCAGUUCGAUUCAUACGCGAGAUGGAAAAAUAUUUCGACUACAGUUAUGCCAUGUCCAAAAUUGAUAACGUAGCCGUCGACGACGAUCAAUUCGGCGCCGGAGCAAUGGAAAAUUGGGGUUUGGUUACUUAUCGUGAGUCCACACUUCUGUUCGAUCCAUCAGUGCAUGACGAACAAAGACAGCGGAAUGUGGUAGGCAUAGUUGGUCAUGAAUAUACACAUCAAUUCUUCGGAAAUCUGUUGGCUCCCAAGUGGUGGUCUUAUCUGUGGCUAAACGAAGGAUUCGCACGGCUGUACCAAUACUACGUGGCGGAAUUUAGUCAUCCAGAGUUUAACAUGCGAGAACGAUUUUCAACGGUUCGCGAAACCGCUUUGAACACCGAUGCCAGCCCGACUGUUCGUCCGAUGACCCAUUACGUGGAAACUCCAACGGAAAUAAGCAGACUGUUCGACAACAUUGCCUAUGCCAAAGCUGCCAGUGUUCUUCGUAUGUUUAGCUACGCUUUCACAGAACCUACAUUCCAGAAGGGCUUACAGUAUUACAUAAAACAAAACAAAGACGGAGUAGUAGAGGAGCAAGACCUAUUCGAUAGUCUAGCACAGGCUGUAGAAGAAGACGGUAAGCUCGCUUCUGGUAUGACUGUGCACGAGCUGUUCGGAUCAUGGUCUAAUCAACCUGGUGCACCGGUAGUUACUGUUAAACGCGUUGGAGAAACGAAUACGUUUUCGUUCAGUCAAGAACGAUUUUACAAUGAGCCACAGGACAAUCCUGGUUCACAAUCUUGGUGGAUUCCGAUAACUUACUUUACCCCCAGUAGCAAUGGUAUUUACAACUCGAGUGCCGCUUUCUGGAUGCCACCAGGCAAACAAGAAGUGGAAUACGAGGUGGAUCUUCAAGAGAAUGACUUUGUGCUCAUCAAUCCACUAGCCAGAGGUUAUUAUCGCGUAAAUUACGAUCCCCAAACUUGGGAAAGUCUCAUCUACAAUCUUUACGAGAACACUAAGUCCAUAGAUAAAUUAUCGCGAUCGCAGCUAAUUGACGAUGCUAUGAAUCUAGCUCAUGCUGGUAGAUUAGAUUACAACACAGCCUUUAAAUUGUUCGAAUAUUUACAGCAUGAAGUCGAAUAUGUGCCGUGGGCAACAGCCAAUGCUAAUCUGAAAUUUUUGAAACGAAUGUUGCGAAACGACUUGGAAGCAGUGAAAACACUAGAAAGCUACGCAGCACGACUUGCCAAGAACGUCCUUUCAGUUUAUGGUUAUAAUGCGCGUACAGAUGAAACCCUCGACGACAAAGAAGUGCGUUUGAUUGCCUUGGAAUGGGCCUGUGCAUAUGACCCACAAUGCCAGCUAGAAGCUGGGACACGGUUUGAAAAUAUGAGAAAAAGAACCGUUUUCUCUAUCCAAUCUAAAGCAGAACAGAUCAUCGUAUGCAACAAAGUUCGUGAAAUUGGUUAUAAUGAUUUCGCCAAUUUGUUGGAGUCUUUCAAGAGCAUACAUGAUUACGAUAAACGAAGCUAUCUCUUAGAAGCCCUUGCUUGCAGCACGGAUGAGGUUACUAUUCGUCAGUACUUGAACAAUAUUAUGACGCACAAUUUUGGAGGAAGCGAAAAAUUACGAGCUUUACAAGCAAUUUACCAGAACUCAUUUGAAGGCAUGCUGGCAGUAAUAGAAAUGUUCGACAGUCCGUCCAAUCUUAUGAAGGAAAUGAAAUGGAAUCAGCGAGAAUUUCAUGCCUUACUGGAGGACCUUGCUGAAUAUGCAGUUGAUCCGCUAGCAGCUGUUCAGUUGACAAAUUUUGUUCAAAGGGAGGCACCUGACCGGCUGUCUACCAUUCAGACCAAGCUCCAGUACAACCAAAACUGGAUCCAAAGAAACGCAGUGAUUGUAUCGGAAAUGCUAAAAACUUUUUAG